AUGGGGUCCUUCUAUGGGCUGCUGGGUGUGACAGCCGACGCCACGGCGGAGGAGAUCAAAUUGGCCUUCAAGCGACGUGUCCUGCAGGUCCAUCCGGACAAAGGUGGGAGCAAGGAGGCCUUUCAUUUGGUCUACCUAGCCUUUGAGACCUUGGCAGACCCAGAAGCCCGGAAGCGCUAUGACGAUCAGCGACCGACCAAGCUGUUGCCAAAGCAGAAGGCAAAGCCCAAGAAGUCCAAAACAAAGCGGGCACAGCCUUCCGAGCAGAAAGAACGCACAAAGCCAACCCCGAAGCCAGAGCACACGAGUCAGACGUCAGGCACUUCGAAGCAAUCCGCAAGUGCAUCGAAGGUGUUUUCGCAUGACAAACUCUUGACCAAGCUUUGUAAGCUUUUGAAAGGCCUAACGCGAGAGGUUCGCAACGAUGUCAUCCAGAAAGAGUUCACGCAGCAGCAGCGGGUGCUUCUUGAGAAGUGGAUGCAGAAUCAGCAUGAUGCGGAGACAGAGACCCCAGCUGGGGAGACGUCAGAUUCACAAGCUGCUUCCACCAUGCUGGUGUCCGAAAAAGAUGCUUCAGAUUCGCAAGCUGCCACACUCCACAGAGGAUCAGAAGUGGUACAAGAAGAAACCUGCGAUGCAACUUCCAGCACUUUGAGCUUGAUUCCUGCGCAGACAAAAGGUAAGUUGAUUGCACAGCCUGAGCGGGAGAGGUUUCGGAGAAAGACUCGUCAGAAGAAACGUGCCACAGAAAUGCAGGGAAUAUCAUCUAGACAUCGAUUCAGUUACAGGAGCAAGGUGACCAUUGAUACACUGCAUAUUUCUUCGAGGGACUGCGAUUUGCCGACCGCCAUUGAGUUCUUGAUCAUCUUGAUAUCAGUGAAGCAGAGAAUGCAAGGUGCCUCAAAGGAUUCGGAAGCCUUGUUCAGAAGUCGGCUUGAAGAAGCAUUGGAGCAAUCUCUAGCUGAGCAUGGCAGGAGCUACACAGACCUCAGCCCCCAGUUUGAUUUUCAACAAUGCAUCAGCUUUUUCAUGGGGCCAAAAAUCCCGAUCUUCUCCCCGACCGUUCGGUCGGUCGCGGAAAUUGCGAAGUUGCGCACUCUCAUGGCACCCAUGCGCCAGUGUGUGACCAGGCCAGGUCUUAGGGGAAGCAUCAUUUGGCACUACGGCCUUGUUGAGCUUGAAGAUUUAUGGCUUCGCAUUCAAGAUGCCAUGAAGGAGAUGUAUGAAAGCACCACAGAAGGCCGCCGUGCAAACGCCUUGCGGAGACUGCGUGCAGCGUAUGACGCGCAUACUGACAGGCGCGCUCGACACGUGCAGUUUUGGGAGCAAAAGAAUAUGCAGAUGCAUGAUAAGGAGAAUCACCGUUCGAGACGUAGGGCUGGUCCUGGGGCUGGAAAGAAGACACAAGUCCUUUGCAAGGCCGUUGACAGGCUGCCUGUGGUCAGAAGACUUCUUCUCCGGUGGCGAAAGGCAUUAAUCCAACAAGAGCGUAAGACGCAGCUCGAGCGCCGAAAGCUCUUGCAGCAGCAGAAGAAGGAGCAGCUGAAACGGCAGCGUUUGGAAGCCUUGAACCAAAGGUGCAGGAAAGAAGAGGAAGCUUUGAAGCGAAAGCGUGCCAGAGACGAGCGCGAUGCUGAACGUCGAAGGAGGGAAGCGCUGCGGAAACGGAUGAAAGUGGACCUCACGAUGGAGGAGAUUCUGGGCGCCUUGUGCCAGGCACAUCAACACCCGCGCAUCCUGCACCUGUGGCAGACUGAUGUGUGA